AUGACCACAGAUGUGCCAACAGUACGGUGGGGCAUCGUUGCCACCGGUAUGAUAUCCAGCUGGUUCGUAGAAGACAUACUCCUCCCUGAAUGGCCUCACAAAUCUGCCAAUCACAUUAUCCAAGCCAUCGGAUCCUCAUCCCUCGACAAGUGCAAGAAAUUCGCAAACGACUUCGUGACACCAACCAAACCAAAGGUCCAACCAUCCCUCUACGGUUCGUACCAGGAAGUCUACGAUGACAAGGACGUCGACUGCGUCUACAUUGGCACCCCUCAUAGCUUCCAUAAGCAAAACUGCCUCGAUGCCAUCAAAGCCGGGAAGAACGUGCUUUGCGAGAAACCCUUCACUAUGAACGCCGAUGAAGCCGAGGAAGUCUUCGCUGCCGCGAAGGAAAAAGGUGUUUUCAUCAUGGAAGCUGUAUGGACGCGCUUCUUCCCCGCCAUGCAAGCGGUGCAGAAACUGCUACACGAGGACCAGAAGAUCGGCCGUAUCAUACGGAUGUACUGCGACUUUGGCCUCGACAUUGACAUCGCCAGCUUACCUGACUCGAGCCGCUACAAGGAUCCAGCGCUCGGUGCGGGUUCGUUGCUGGAUAUUGGCAUCUACAGCUUAACAUGGGGUCUGGUCACCUUAGCCGGUGCGGUCGGGGACAAAGCAGAGGAGCCCGAAGUCAGCAGUACUCAGACUCUCUCUCACGGCGUCGACACAUCGAGCUCCGUGAUCCUGAAGUACCCCUCCACCGGACGCCAGGGCAUCUGCACCUCCACCACCGACUUCAACCGCGGAGGAGUCAGCUUUGCGAGGAUUGAAGGCAGUAAAGGCCACAUCGUCGUCCAUGGAGGAACUGCAGCUUCACCGAGCAAGAUCGAGUUCUUCCCCAAGGAAGAAGGAGCAAAGCCUGAUGUCUGGGAGUUUGAGAAGCCGGGGAGGGGGUUCUAUUGGGAGGCUGAUGCGGUUGCGCAUGAUUUGAAGGCUGGGAAGGUUGAGGAUGAGAGGAUGCCCUGGAAGGAGACGCUGAGGAUGAUGGAGAUUAUGGAUGGAGUGAGGAAGAGGGGUGGUGCUAAGUUUCCGGUUGAUAAGUGGUAA